UCGCGCAACAGCUGACGGAUCAUCGAUCAUAAAAGCUCACAGUGAUCUACACCGGAGGAGCUGAUGCCCGCAUCACAUCAAACGGACCAAUGAGACAGCUGACAGCUCAUUAGUUUGUCUCUAAUAAGGACAUGUAUGAGAUGAGAUCAGAAUCAAUUCGCUCGUGAGUGCUCCAAACGGACAUAAUAAGAGCUCACACCUCUAUUUCCAGCUUUUGGGAGAAUACUGUAAGACACGAAAUUCAAGGAGCAAAGGAAACAUAUGAAGUUAUGGAUUGUAGAUGGACUAUGGCAAUGUAAAAAAAAAAAAAAAACUUUUUUGAGAAUUUUGAUUUAAACGUGUUUUAACUCCAUAAUCUGCUUCUGAUUGAAUUCCCAGGUUACCUGUAUACGGUUCUGUAAUUUAUUUUACAUUUUUAAAUUUAAUUCAUUAUUAUAUAUAUUUUUUGCUGAUCAUCACAAUGUUCCAGCACAAUAAGAAGUGCUUCACCAUCGAAUCUCUUGUGGGAAAAGACUCGAAUUCCUCCAGUGUUGCUCUGGAUGAGCCCAUCAGACCCACAGCUCUGAGAUUUACUGAAUCCAUGCAUCCAUCUCCCUUUGGGAGCUGCUUUCAGAACUCAGGCAGGACACUGUACAGCAGCAGCCCAGAGAUGAUGUUCACAGAUCCGGCUACUCAUUCCACCAACACUGGCCUGUCUCUGCGUCACAUUCAGAUCCCAACUCAGCCCUUCUUCAGUCCGCAUCAGAGGGACACCUUGAACUUCUACCCAUGGGUGCUGCGGAACAGAUAUCUGGGACACCGAUUCCAAGGUGAAGACAGUAGCCCAGAAAACCUACUGCUACACGGGCCUUUCUCCCGCAAGCCCAAGCGCAUCCGCACUGCCUUCUCCCCAUCGCAGCUGCUACGGCUGGAACGUGCCUUUGAGAAGAACCAUUACGUGGUGGGAGCCGAGCGGAAGCAGCUAGCCAACGGCCUGUGCUUGACAGAGACACAGGUGAAGGUCUGGUUCCAGAACAGAAGGACUAAGCACAAGAGACAGAAGCUGGAGGAAGAGUCACCGGAGUCCCAGCAGAAGAGGAAAGGUAGCCAGCAUGUAAGCCGCUGGAGGGUAGCCACUCAGCAGGGCAGCCCUGAAGACAUUGACGUAAUUUCAGAUGACUGAUAUCAUACGGCUGUGUUAUCUUGGGUAAUAAACCGUCAGUCAUGUUGACGGAUCUCUGCCACUCACAACAAAAAAGAAAUGCAUUUUUCAGACAUUGCCACUAAUUGAAGUGGCUUGUAAACUACGGAACUGAGUCACAGCUAUGUAGUUGGCUAAAUCUGAUUUUGAUCAUACACAAUAGAACAAAGGACGACGACAGCUGAACUGUAAGAAUACUGUAUGCAAUACACAUGGACCUCUUCGUUUUGGAUCACGUUCCAUCUCAGAGCAAUGAAGACUUUUUUUGUACCUUCUUUUUUUAUGUUUUCACUCCUCUCAUGCUCCUUUGUUAGCAGUCAGAACAUUUAUAUCAUAAUGUAGGAUGUUGAAUGACAAAGAUAAUAAGUAAAAACAACACUUCAACAGAUUGAUAAAUGUUUUGUAAUGUUAAAUUGUUCACAGUCAAACAACAAUCCAGUGCAUAAAUGAAUCACCCAUAGUUGUACCUCCUUAAAAGAUGUUGUGAUACAUUUUAACUGGAUGUCUGCAUUUCACUGAAUCGUACCAACCAAUCAAACAGCAGAUUCUUGAAAAUACAAGUGGUGAAAUAACUCCUCACCGUCAGAUAUGUUUGAUAGUCUUUCUUAAAUACCGCUAGUGCAGUUUCAUUUGAAAUGGUUCUAUUUAUUCAGAAUAACCAUACUUUUCUAUGCAUUUGAGCUCCAACCCAUAUAUUGUUAUUUUGUGUUUUACAUUUGGGUUAAAGCUUACUGAAGACUUGUAUUGUGUGAAAUGUAUUUUCUUUGAUUUUUCUUUUUUAGGACCACAAUGGCUCUUGAACUGGUCUCAAAUAUAAGUGAACUAGAGAAGCUUAGAAAUGUUUGAAUUUCUUUCUACACUCAUACAAUUAAAAAGGAGGAAAAAAAUACAGUUAAACCUCCAAGACCCAGAAUGGUUUGUAGCACUUCAUAGCAGAUUGUUUCUUUUUGGGUUUUCUUUAAGGUGAUAAGCACUGUAUUAAUGUCAUCUGUUUGUCUUCACUGUUCAAAGUUUUUUGUUGUGUGUUUAAC